CUCCCUCCUCUCCCGAGCUCCCUCCCUCCUCCGCUCCCUCCCUCCCUCCUCCCUCCUCCCCUCCUCUGGCUUUAGAGGCUCCCACCGCACUUCCCAGCCUGUGUGCUCAGCCUGCCUGCCUGCUGCCUCCGCGUGUGUGAGAGAGUGUGUGUGUAUGUGUGUGUGAGCGUGUGUGCGUGCGUCUACUUUGUACUGUGAAGAACACAGCCCAUGUGCUCUGCAUGGACGUUACUGCUACUCUAUUUAGCUUGAUUUUCGACAAGCAGGCAAGAUGUCCAGCACACCACAUGACCCCUUCUAUUCUUCUCCUUUCGGCCCAUUUUAUAGGAGACAUACACCCUACAUGGUGCAGCCAGAGUACCGAAUCUAUGAGAUGAACAAGCGGCUGCAGUCUCGCACAGAGGAUAGUGACAACCUCUGGUGGGAUGCGUUUGCCACUGAAUUUUUUGAAGAUGAUGCCACAUUAACCCUUUCAUUUUGUUUGGAAGAUGGACCAAAGCGAUACACUAUCGGCAGGACCCUCAUUCCCCGUUACUUUAGCACUGUGUUUGAAGGAGGGGUGACUGACCUGUAUUACAUUCUCAAGCACUCAAAGGAGUCCUACCACAACUCCUCCAUCACAGUGGACUGCGACCAGUGUGCCAUGGUCACCCAACAUGGGAAGCCCAUGUUCACCAAGGUGUGUACAGAAGGCAGGCUGAUCUUGGAGUUCACCUUCGAUGAUCUCAUGAGAAUAAAAACAUGGCACUUUACCAUUAGACAAUAUAGAGAGCUGGUCCCCAGAAGCAUACUAGCCAUGCAUGCACAAGAUCCUCAGGUCCUGGAUCAGCUGUCCAAAAACAUCACCAGGAUGGGUCUGACCAACUUCACCCUCAACUACCUCAGGUUGUGUGUAAUACUGGAGCCAAUGCAGGAGCUGAUGUCAAGACACAAAACCUACAAUCUCAGUCCCCGAGACUGCCUCAAGACCUGCUUGUUUCAGAAGUGGCAGCGGAUGGUGGCGCCGCCAGCAGAACCCACAAGGCAGCCCACCACCAAACGGAGAAAAAGGAAAAACUCCACCAGCAGCACCUCCAACAGCAGCGCUGGGAACAACGCCAACAGCACCGGCAGCAAGAAGAAGACAGCGGCCGCGAACCUGAGUCUGCCCACUCAGGUACCUAUUGCUAGCAUUGCUCGUUCUCCGGUGUCAGGCUGCUCACUAAGGACAUAAACUCGCGUGGUUCUUGCCCGUCACGAGGCAGUGUUUAUUUCCUGUAGAAAUCACACAUGCGCCUCACCCCGCCCGCCUUGAGACUUGGCCCCGCGCGCAGCCAGGAGCGUGUGUGUCCUAGGUGCCCAGCUCCCCCGCUGUUGUCUUAGCUGAGCUUCUCCCCCUCAAGGUUCCCUGUAAUAAUGUCAGCUGCUGUUCACAGGAUGUGAUGGUGGUAGGAGAGCCAACUCUGAUGGGAGGUGAGUUUGGGGACGAGGACGAAAGGCUAAUCACUAGAUUAGAAAACACGCAGUAUGACGCGGCCAACGGCAUGGACGACGAGGAGGACUUCGGCAAUUCUCCCGCCCUGGGGAACAACAGCCCGUGGAACAGUAAACCUCCCGCCACGCAAGAGACCAAAUCAGAAAACGCCCCGCCCCAGGCCUCCCAGUAAGCUGUUGCACGGCACCGCCACCUCCUGUGCACGGGUCCGUGGGCGCCGCUCCAGCCGCAGCCCUUUGCUUCCAGGAAAGGGAAGAGGAGGCAUGAAAAAGCAAAGAAACAAGCAAAAACACUUUGCCAUGCAGAUAGCUCCUUCUAAACCACAGUGAUCUGAUUUUCUUUCUUGCUUUAUUCUUUUUUUUUUUUUUUUUUUUUCCUUUUUUAAUUGAGAGGAUCAUUCCAAAUACGCUUCUGUGAGGCUUCCUGGAGGCCUUGGCAGGAAGUGCAGUUACUGGCACUGAUCGUAAUUAAACAAGAGAAAAACGCUAGCGCAUCUCCCACCACACAGGCAUCGACGUGUUUGUGUAAGUUCCCUUUCGAGCGUCCAGCGACAGCCACGUUGUCCAUACGUAUUCAGUGCUCAGGAUCUCAUUAAUACUCAAACCUAACGACAGAUGACUUUUUAAUAUUGUAAAAUAUUUUCUGCUUUUUGACUUGCAUUUGAGAGUUUCUUGUUUCAGUAAGAAAAAAAAAAAAAGUAGGGGGGAAUCGGCUCUUGGAAGGUAAUUUAAAUGUACCUCUUUGCCUUUUCUUUCUUCCUGUCCUCCUUUCGCCCAUUGGGCUAUAGCAAAGAGAGUCUGGCGAGGGAAUUUAUGGUCAAGGUGGUGUCAAUUGGUUCUCGAGUGUGAGUGGCUUCAAUUUAGCCCAAGUACUGAAACAAGAAAUGUCUUUUUAUCAUCAGACACCAGGGCAGAUUUUUUUAUGUAAAGAAAGACGAUUGGACCCUGGAAAAUAUAUGCGUUUGUAAAGUUGCUGUUGAUCCAAAUAUUUUUAAGCCAUGUAAUCCAUUAAUUUUGUGGGCAGUUGAAUAAAUCUGAAACUUCUCUGUGUUAAUUUUUUUGUUAUUGUACCUGAGUUGACUAUGCUUUCAUAGUAUAUUUCUUGUAUAAUGUUUUGUAAAGCCCUCACCUGGUUGUUUUAUGGGGACUUUUCUUUUGGGGCAAUUCCAGUGUAUUUAUGUGAAACUUUAUAAAAGAACUAAUUUUUUCAUUUGCAUAUUAAUAUGUUCCCCCACAUAUGUAAAGACCCAGUGGCUCCGUGUGUUACAAAACAGCUGUAUUUUAUGUAUGCUUUACUGGUGUGCCAAUAAUAAAGGUGUUAAUGA